UUACAAAGAUACUCACGUCCGCUUUCUGUGAUCAAAACUUACUUAGACAUGUCUGUGAGCUGCAUCUCAAAAAUACUUUCCUCUAAUCGGUGUUUUUUCUCAAGAUGCCGAAUACUAUUGACAAGCGAGAUGAAGCGAAGGACCCACUCUCAUCCCUGCAUCACGUCCACGCUGGAGGCCUGGUACAUGGACGAGUCCAGUGAAGAUCAGAGACUGCCUCAUAAACUCGACCCCAAUGAAGCAGUGAGUCUCCAGACCCUCCAGAAGAUUGGGGUUUGCCACUGGAAGUUAAACGCUGAUGUCUACGAAAAUGACCCCGAGUUGCAGAAGAUCAGAGAAGAAAAAGGUUACUCCUACAUGGACAUCAUUGACGUUCACCCGGAUAAACUGCCCAACUAUGAGGAGAAAUUAAAAACGUUCUAUCGGGAACACCUUCACCUCGACGACGAGAUCCGGUACAUCCUGGAUGGAAGAGCGUACUUCGACGUUCGAGACAAAAGUGACCGUUGGAUACGGAUUGCUAUGAUGAAGGGAGACAUGAUCACACUGCCAGCAGGAAUUUAUCAUCGAUUCACGAUGGACGAAACGAACUACACUAAAGCCAUGAGGCUGUUUGUCGGCGAGCCGGUGUGGAAGGCCUACAACAGACCAGCUGAUCACUUUGAAAUCCGCAAGCAGUACCUGGAUUCACUGAAGCGCUCCUGAGUGGUAUCGGGGAUUAACAGUCAUUAUACAAGAAAUGUAAAGGUGGCAAAAUAGGACCUAUAAAUACGAGGGUAGGUAAAUCAAAGAGUUCUCAGACAGAUGUUAUAAUUUCAAAAAAGGUGUGAAAAACAUCCCCCAGAAUUCUACAAAGAAGGAAUUCUCGGAUGGAAACACCGCUUGCAGAAGAAGUGUUUAGACUUAAAUGGAGGAUAUACAGAGAAUUUUUUUUCCAAUUUGUCUUCGAACUUUUUGAUUUCCCCUUGUAUAAUCGUGCUCCUGUUAAUCCUGAAGCCACCUCCAGAUCAUCAUGCCUUCAUUUUUUUUUUUUUUCAAAAUGAAGUAUUAGAUUUGAUUGUGUAGCAAAGUUGAGUUUCUCAAACUGUAAUCAGCGGAGUUAGCGUCAGAAACAAUAAUUGUUAUUCUUAUUAUUAUGCUGAGAUGUAGAUGAAACUACUCCACGCUUGCUCAUGUGAUGUUCAAAUCCACUUACGGUGAAUAAAAUUCCAGAGCUUUAUCCCUCUAUUGUGUUAAAUAAAGCGCAGUGCAGUUCAUAUGCAAGCAGGUUACAACACAGUUGAACGAACACACACACACACAGCUGCGCUUCUCAAACGUACUUAAGUUUAUUUUAAUUCAUUACAGACAGACAGAACAGUUGAGUGACGCGCAGCACAAAGAAUCCACACUCGGAUACAGGUUUUUUUUUUUUUAUUCCAUCCACGUUCACUGGAUAUGAGCAAUCGUGCGCUCUGAUUGGCUACUCGACUACUCGGAUAUCAGCUCAUACUGUAUACCAUGAGUAGAGAAAAACAAAAUGGCAGCGCGUGUUGCUGAACCAACCGAGGACGAAAUAAAAACUGGACUCGAAAACAAAACUCCAGAAAAUACAAAAGCAACAAAAUAUGGAAUGAAAAAUUCUAUCAUACAGUUAAGUUAGUUUCAUAUAUCUUUUUUUAAAAAUAUUUUUCAUUGCAUCCCCCCCUUUUAGGACGAUAAUGGUAGUUUGAAUUAAUUUUUAGAUUAAUUCUAUUAACGAGAUUAUUCUUGAAAUUGUAUAGUUUUGCAGGGCUGUGCUGGACGGGUCACCCUGUUGAAAAAGUUUGUCUUCCCCCCCGCAAGAAUUUUUAUAGAAGCAUUUUUGACAAAUUUCUACUAUAAUCGGUUUGUUUACAUUCUUCAGCGUUAAAACUUUUUUUUUUUUUUAGACUGGUUCAAAAGCUCAAAGACAUUUGAAAAUUACAGAACUGAAGAAUGAAAUGAAUGUCUAAAGCCAUUCUCGACCUUGGCAUGACAGCGAGACGACACUUUGUACAAGAAAACGGUGAAGUCGAUUCGUGCAGCCAUCGAUAGGUUUUUAAGUCGUCGUCCGCCUGAGCAGAAAUGAUUUUGUCGGACGUUUUGUAUAAAGUUUUUAUUGAUUGAAUUUGAAAAAACAAAAACAAAAAACCCCCGUUUCUCAAAAUCCAGUGAACGUGGAUUUAAUAAAACAAUUAUUCCACGUAAUCGAGUCGGACAUGGCUUAUAGCUUACGAGGUGCUACGUGGAAUAAUUGUUAAAUAUACUCUAUGUUUACAGUGCACAGAUUAUAAUCUAAGAAAAGGCUUUUCCAGAAGUUUCUCAGAAACAGUGCGGUUAGUCUUGUCCAUGUCGUAAGCUUUACAUGCCCAGAAACCUAACUGACAAGCCAGCUAAGGUAACCAAAAAACAUACAUACAAGCAGGUUAAGUCGGGAAAUAAACAAAUAUGAAUUUCCACAGAGAGGACGACGUCACGUAAUCUUUAUUUUAACAACGCAUACUGCAUUUUCACCCUUGACAAAAAGUCUGCAAGUUGUGCUUUUGAAUCACAAUAACGCCGCCAGUUUUGCUCUCUGGGUUGGAAGGAUGGCGUUCUCACACACGCUCCUGUCAAUCACAGAGACACUAGGCAAUCUAUGAGCUCAUGUAUGUAGAAGAGGGAAGAUGGCGCUUUUCUCCGAGUGAGUUACGCUGCAGACGUCUCAGACGAAGCAAGUGUUAAACGCCUUCACCCUCCUCAGAACAUUACAUUAAUCCCAUUUAGCAGACGCUCUUAUCCAGAGCGACAUACAACAUGCUUAGAGCAGCCUGGGGAGCAGUUGGGGGUUACUCAAGGGCACGUCAGCCAUUCCUGCUGGUCCAGGGAAUCAAACCGGCGACCUUUUGAUCCCAAAGCUGUUCUCUAACCAUUAAGCCAUGGCUUCCCGAUAGUAAUUUGAUAAUAGACCAGGGGUGAGCUGGCUGGUGGGAAUUGAGUUGGAGGGAAUUCGAGAGAAAAUAGAGUGCCUAAAACAAAAACAGUCAGCAAUUUGUUGAGUUGCGGUUUUCACAAAAGCUACCGUCUUUAACUUCUCUCAACAUCUGCGAAAUGACUCUUUUUGAAAUUUGUUGUGGUAGCAGGAGUGCAAAUAGCUUUACGUCCGUCAGUUUCGUCAAUAUUUCCACAUUCCGUACAUUUUCCCUCAUUCAGAUUGUACAGCUCAGCUGAUGUGUGUAGUGCGGCAGGGGGUGGGAUUAGUACCGUGUGCUACAGUUGCAGGAUCGAGGUGCACUGGGGUAUUUUCAAAAAUGAAAACUUGUUUUGUGAAGGUUAAUAUGGAGUUGAGUUCAAUUCUUAUUCAAAUUCAUGAACAUAUCUGUUUCCCAUGAAUAAAAUCUGCUUGUACGGACUUGUCCACACCGACGAGGUUUUAAUUAAAAACGAACGAACAAAAACCAGAA